UCGUUUUAUCGCUCAUUCUUCCACAAAUCCGAACACAAAUCCGAAGAAGCUCGAGAGGAAGAUGACGACGAUUCGUAGAUUCAGCUGCAACGAUCUUCUCCGGUUCACCUCCGUCAAUCUCGACCACCUCACUGAAACAUUCAAUAUGUCCUUCUACAUGACCUACUUAGCUAGAUGGCCCGACUAUUUCCAUGUUGCUGAAGCUCCCGGGAAUCGUGUCAUGGGUUAUAUUAUGGGCAAAGUCGAAGGGCAGGGUGAAUCCUGGCAUGGUCAUGUGACAGCCGUCACUGUCUCUCCAGAAUAUCGCAGGCAGCAACUCGCAAAGAAACUGAUGAACCUUUUGGAAGAGAUCAGCGAUAAGAUUGAUAAGGCAUACUUUGUGGAUCUGUUCGUGAGAGCAUCUAACACACCAGCCAUCAAGAUGUAUGAAAAGCUUGGCUACAUAAUCUAUAGGCGGGUUCUACGCUAUUAUUCAGGAGAGGAAGACGGGUUAGAUAUGAGGAAGGCAUUAUCAAGAGAUGUAGAGAAAAAGUCUGUGAUUCCUCUCAAGAGACCUAUCACACCUGAUGAAUUGGAGCGUAUCGCUUCUCUCUCGAUCAGAAACGUGUCGCAUGAAUCCGCCGAUCAGACUUCUCCCUCUAGGCCGCGAACUCUUUAUCCUGGCGGUUACAAGCGUCCCGAGCUCUCUGUUCCCGGUCUUCUUCUCCGGCUAGACGCGGAUGAGGUUACGAGCGGGAAUCGUGAUGAGACUUUUGAUUUGGUCGACCGUGCGCUAGCCAAAUCGGUACAAAUCGUCGUGCUUGAUGGCGGAGCUACCGCCGGUAAGCUAUACGAGGCAGCUUGUUUGCUGAAAUCACUUGUCAAGGGCCGUGCUUACCUCUUGAUCGCCGAACGCGUUGAUAUCGCCACGGCCGUUGGUGCCAGCGGUGUUGCUCUCUCCGACGAAGGUCUUCCGGCGAUAGUGGCAAGAAACACCUUGAUGGGUUCCAAUCCCGACUCGGUAGUUUUGCCUUUGGUAGCUAGGAUUGUGAAAGAUGUUGAUUCUGCUCUAAGUGCCUCCAGCACUGAGGGUGCUGAUUUCCUCAUACUUGGAUCUGGUGAAGAUAAUCAAGUUGGUGUAUUGGCAGAUUCUUUGUUGAAGAGCGUGAAAAUACCCAUUUUUGUGACUUGCAGAAGCAAAGGAGAAGCUAAAGAAGAGUUGCAGUUACUGGAGUCAGGUGCCUCUGGUUUUGUAAUUUCGUUGGAAGACCUGCGUUCUUCCAGAGAUGUUUCUCUUCGCCAGUGUCUUGCUGGAGCUUAUGCUGUGAAUCACGAAACUCAAAAUGAGAACGAAAGCAUACUUGAGGAAAAACCACUGGUUGAGGCUAGUGAGCUGCAGGAGCAAAAGAGUUCCGCUGGCUUCAUAAAAUUAGAGGACAAGCAGAAACAAAUAAUAGAAAUGGAGAAAUCGGUGUUGAGAGAGGCAAUUGAAAUCAUCCAGAAGGCGGCUCCACUGAUGGAGGAAGUCUCUCUUCUGGUUGAUGCACUUUCCCGGAUUGAUGAGCCAUUUUUAAUGGUUAUAGUGGGGGAAUUUAACUCCGGAAAAUCAACGGUUAUCAAUGCACUUCUUGGGAAGAGAUACCUCAAAGAGGGGGUAGUCCCCACAACCAAUGAAAUCACUUUUCUGUGUUACUCUGACUUGGAAUCUGAAGAGCAGCAGCGUUGCCAAAGGCAUCCAGACGGCCAAUACAUCUGCUAUCUUCCUGCACCAAUACUCAAGGAUAUAAACAUCGUUGACACACCUGGGACCAAUGUAAUCCUUCAAAGGCAACAACGCCUUACAGAAGAAUUUGUUCCACGUGCAGAUCUGCUUGUUUUUGUUCUUUCUGCUGACCGUCCUUUAACCGAAAGUGAGGUUGGGUUUCUCCGGUAUACACAGCAGUGGAAAAAGAAAUUUGUGUUUAUCUUGAAUAAAACUGAUAUCUACCGUGAUGCUCGUGAGCUUGAGGAAGCUAUCGCAUUUGUUAAGGAGAAUACACGGAAGUUGCUUAAUACAGAAAAUGUGAUAUUGUAUCCAGUGUCCGCACGGUCUGCUCUUGAGGCAAAGCUUUCAAAAGCAUCUUUGGUAGGCAGAGAUGAUCUAGAAGUCUCGGAUCCUGAUUCUAAUUGGAGAAUCCAGAGCUUCAAUGAACUUGAGAAAUUUCUGUACAGCUUCUUAGAUAGUUCAACUGCUACCGGGAUGGAGAGAAUAAGGCUUAAAUUGGAGACACCAAUUGCGAUUGCAGAGCGUCUCCUUUCUUCUGUGGAGUCUCUUGUGAGACAAGACUGCGUAGCUGCUAGGGAAGAUUUGGCUUCAGCAGACAAGAUUAUCAAUCGUACUAAAGAACACGCGCUUAAAAUGGAAUAUGAGAGCAUUUCUUGGAGAAGGCAGGCACUCUCGUUGAUUGAUAAUGCCAGAUUACAAGUUGUUGAUUUAAUAGGAAAUACCCUGAGGCUUUCAAGUCUCGAUCUAGCUAUCUCUUACGUGUUUAAAGGGGAAAACUCAGCCUCAGCAGCAGCUACGUCCAAAGUUCAUGGUGAAAUACUCGCUCCAGCACUUUCAAAUGCCCAAGAUUUGCUUGGUAAAUAUGCCGAAUGGCUACAGUCGAAUACUGCCCGUGAAGGGAGCCAGUCCUUGAAAUCAUUUGAAAACAAAUGGCCAAAAUAUGUCAAUUCAAAAACUCAAUUGGGCAUAGACACAUAUGACUUGCUUCGCAAAACUGAUAAAUUCAGCUUGAAAACAAUACAGAACUUGAGUGCCGGAACCACAUCAAAACGAUUGGAACAAGAUAUUCGAGACGUGUUCUUUGUGACAGUCGGUGGGCUUGGAGCUGCGGGACUAUCUGCAUCACUUCUAACCUCAGUGCUACCCACCACAUUGGAAGAUCUACUUGCUCUUGGCCUCUGUUCCGCUGGAGGGUAUGUGGCUGUAGCAAACUUCCCAUAUCGUAGACAAGCUAUAAUUGGUAAGGUGAAUAAAGUGGCUGAUGCAUUGGCUCAACAGCUCGAAGAUGCUAUGCAAAAGGAUCUUUCAGAGGCGACAAAUAAUCUAGCAAGCUUUGUGAAUAUUGUUGCCAAGCCUUACCGAGAAGAAGCUCAGCUAAGACUUGAUCGUCUUUUAGGCAUCCAGAAAGAAGUAUCAGAUAUUAGAAGUAGGUUACAUUUGCUGGAAGUUGAAAUUGAUAACAUUCAUGUAUCACGAGACGAGAUGAGACUUUAGUUGUUCCAACACAUUCUCGUCGGGUUGAGUGCGGAACAAAGUAUUGUUUGUGAUACAAAUGGAUGGAUGAAUUGGAAGCUCAGGUGACUCGUGAAGAAAACAUUAUUCUGUUCGUUGACCUCCACAUGUAUCUCACACCACAGAAACACAAUCUCAAGGAUUUGGACAUGAAACUGAUUUCGGGUCAUCGGCCAUAUCUACUCUUUGAUUGGUAAGUAGUAUGUGCCGCUUUUGUUUGAUUCCGGGCUUAUUCUAACCAAUUCCGAAGAAGAAGCGAUUACCAGGUAGUACCGCGGAUCCUAUGGUUGAAAUCGGUUUGGUAUUGGACAAAAAGAAGACCAAAGAUACAUGUGCAUCUUUUUAUAUUAAGAUUUAUUUCAUGAUUCAUGCGACUCUGCAUUACAGUUGCAAGUUGGAAGUGUAGCUAAAAGGUCCCAGGAAGGUGUGGACUUCGAACUCUUGCCUUUGUGAUUUCUUCGUCUUCAAUUAUUGAAUUUGGAAGACUUUCAUCAAAAGGGCAUUUUGGUCAUUUUAUUUUUAUUUUUAUUUUUAAUUGGCAAUUGCUCGAUUGUGGUAUUGGUACGAGCGGUGACCGGAUAUAGCUAAGAUAUCCAGUAUUCGAACGGAUAAAAUCGUUUUUGUCAUCCGUAUUAAUUUGGUUUAGAUUAUUAUUCCUGUUUUCCAAAAUAUUUAACCUGUUUAAAUAUUUUUUCUGGAUUAGCGAAGUACUGAAUGAUUAGUUUGUUCGAAUCAUG